UAUAUGUUGGUCAACCCUGAUGGCUAGUACUGUACCAGUUACAAAGGAUAAAUCUGUUAAUAUGGAGUAUUCGUAGGUUCUACGAAAUCUGACAAUGACGGGAUCCGCCUCGUUCACCGGUAUCCCGGUGAGCAAACCGACGAUAGCCUUAAGGCAUGCGUUGGCGAUCAUAAAGCCAUCAAGGCUGAGCUGCAGUAGGCUGCGUUGUUACCCUGCCUCAAUGAUGGAGCCUCGCCUAGAGCCUUGAGGCGCUUAAGUAUGUGCCGCAUCCCUUUUCGAUGGUGGCCCAGAUCGCUUUUCCUCGCAGAUUCCGAUACUGUUCUUCACAUAUCGUAUGCGACAGGGUUGUUAGAUACAACGAAUCGUGAAAUCAUAGUGUGCUGUCGAAUAGCCGAUUAAGCCUGGAGCCCGUUUAAAUUUUUUUCAAUCGAACAGAUUUGUAGAAAGAGUUCAUUUGAGUGGUUGGAUAGUCAUUGACUCUUUGUAAACAUGGCGGAGUUGGCAUUAGGCAUAGUAUCAUUGACCUUUGAGGUCUUCUCAGGAUGUGUGCAAGGCUACCAACUCAUCACCGAUGCAAAGCACAUGCCCACAGACUGCCAGCAUCUUCGAGUCCGCCUAAAGACCGAGCAGUACCGUCUCCUUGAUUGGGCCGACGUCGUCAAGCUAGACGAGACAGACGAGAGCCUCCUCGUCAGCAAUUCCAGUAAAGGUCUUCUACUCGAUGUGCUCGACCAACAGCGAAGGUUACUACGUCAGUUCGGCCGACUGGACGAGAAGUACAAGAAGCUCACGCGGCCGCUCCUCGUUGAAUUCGCAGAGGAACAUGGGCGGCUGCCGAACCCUCCAGCGUACUCCCCUGAGAGCCCGACUCUGGAGCGUGCAGAUACCGAUUUUGCACGACGCUUCCCGCAGUCAGAGAUCUUGCUCAAGAAGUCUCUAGCCUAUGCUGCUAAGGCGUUUGAUAUCCCUCGUAAGCUCAAAUGGGCGUCGUUCGAUCGGGUCAAGAUGGAGAAACUGGUGUUGCAGUUGUCGACGUUCAACGACUAUAUGCGUGAGAUGCUCAACUCAUCGCAGCUCGAGACUCUCGCCAUCAAGCAGACACGAACCGAGUUCCAGAUUAUGCAACUGAACAGCAGCGUCCAGGACCUCGCCCAGAUUAUCAAUUCGACCUUCCUAUCGAGGAACACUCGCAGGCAACGAGGGCCGAGCCUUUCGAUGAGCCCAGUUCGAGCGAUCCUGCAGGCACGCGGACUGGACGACAGCGAUGACGACAGAGAAUCAUACAACCCGGAACUGCAGAGCCUCGCAGCCCUGGCCCAGACCAAAGCACUCAACUCUGCCAUCGACGACCCUACCAUCUUCACCGACGAAUUCACCCACUCCAUCAAGAUGCCCAACACGGCCUCCGAGAUCCGGGCCGUCGAGCUCGACCGUAAACACAUCCACAUCAUCGACGAAGAAGACGAAGAUAACGAAUUCCAACGCGUCGAAGCCUACUACCAGCGCCCACACGGCAAGAAAACCUCCGUCUGGAUCGAAUGGAACACCUACGAACCCCCAACCUACCACCACACUGGCCCGGACCCGAAACUCCACGAGCGCGUGAAAGCCCUCGUCGCGCUCCUCCGCGAAAACAACCGCACCAACCAAUUCCGCGCACCCCACUGCCUGGGCUACUUCCAAGACCUCGACCCAGACACAGGAGACGACCACUACCGCUUCGGCAUCGUCUUCGAGAAGCCCAGCUCCGCGCAUCCGUCCACGCGACCGACCUCCCUCCACACCCUCCUCACGACCCCGUCCCCCGCCCUCGAAGUCCCCUCCCUAACCUCCCGCAUCGCGCUCAUGUGCCUCCUCUCCGAGAACCUCGAGCGCCUGCACGCCGUGAACUGGCUGCACAAGGGCCUCCGGUCCUCCAACAUCCUCUUCUUCUCCGACUCCGGCAACGCAGACAUCGAAUACAACCUCGCAUUCAUCUCCGGCUUCGACUACUCCCGCCCCGCGCUGUCCGACGACAUGACGGAGAAGCCGCCCGAGUCUGCCCGCGAGGACAUCUACCGCCACCCUGCGGUCCAAGGGUCGGGUAACCGCGAGGGGGUGGGCGGUAGGAGCUAUAGGAAGUCGUUUGAUUUGUAUGCGCUGGGGGUCAUUCUGUUGGAGAUUGCGUACUGGAAGCCCAUUGAUCAGAUACUGGGGAUUGAGAAUUUGAGGGCCGCGAAGCCGAGUGUGACGUACAAGGCGAGGGCGAGGUUGCUGGAUGAGAGUGAGGGGUAUUUGAGGUGGGUGAACAGUCAUCUAGGGGGCAGGGUUGUUGAGGUUGUGAGAGCUUGUCUUGAAGGACCCCAGGCGUUUGGGUUGGUGGAGGGGGAUGAUGAGAAGUUGGAGGAGGUGGGGGCGAGGUUGCAGAGGGGGUUUUAUGAGAAGGUUGUUAGGGUUUUGCAGGGGGUGAGGGUUUGAAGAGUUGGGGAAGGCGUUGUGAUGGUGUUUUGGCCUACCUACCCAAGGGGCGCUUGCGAGCUUGCUUUUAUAUCAUCUUGAUAGUCAUAUUUAUAGAGGGAGAACAUUUCGAACAGAAGUUUCAAGUAUACAGGAAAAGGGGAAGCGUUCCAACCUUUGUCC